GGACUCUUUUUUCAAUUUGGGUGGGCAUCAAUUAUUUUUAUUUGCCUUGUGCUCUCUCUUUAUCUUUUUGUAUGUUACUUUUCUGUUUUCAUUGAAACGAUUUCAAUUGCUUCUUUUGGUCACGCAAAGUAUAUAUGGGUGAUUGUUGUUCUAUUUUUUUUAAGUUAAUAAUUACACUCUUUAUAAUAUGAAAUGCAUAUAACAAAGAUAUAUAAGGAAUGAUUGUGGCUAGAAGGAAAAUACCAUAAAAUUUAUUCUUUCCACAAUUUGGAAGCUCUUAAAGGAUAAAGGAAGAGCUAAAAAAAUUACUGGUUGUCGGUUGCACAUACUUCUUCCAGAUUUGGACAGAAAAGAGAGAGAGGAAAUUUUAAAAUACAUAAAGAUAUAAAAAAAUUACUGGUUGCACAUAGUUUGCAUUCUUUAACUUUUUUUUUUCUUAAAACGAAACAUUGCAUAAAGGAACAAUCCACUCCCUUAUAUCCAUUGAAAAAUCUGCAUGUUUAUUGGUAUAAGAAUAAAUUUGAGUCCGUGCGACAUGCGCGCAUAUAUUAUGUCACCACUCACCAACUCUCUCUCUCUUUUUUUCUAAGAAAGUCAUUACUCAUUAGCUCUUAUUUGACGGCAAUGCUCUUAUUCUAUAAAAGAUAUAUGGUGUCUAAAUGUUCAGCAUGAAUAUAUAGCUAGGCAAAGAAGAGCAAAAGAAAAUCACAUUACCUGUCUCUGAAAUCAGAUUCACUUUGUUCUUCAUCAAUGGAAAGAGAACAACUAUCCCUUCACAUGAAUGGUGGCAAGGGACAAAGGAGUUAUGCAAACAACUCCUCACUACAAAGAACAAUAAUACGUAAAACCAGAUCCAUACUUGAAGAAACUAUAACGAGAAGCACUCAAUUGAACCGUGAACCCCCCACAUUCCAAUUUUAUCUCAACGAUUUAUUUGGAAACGAUUUCAAUACCAUCUUCAAGUCACUCCCUGGUUUCUAUGAAAGAUUGCUAGAAGAUAAGGGUCACAAGUUUAGUCGAUGCUUUAUUAAUGCAACCCCUGGAUCCUUCUAUGGGAGGCUCUUUCCCAGUAAUUCCAUAAAUCUUUUUCACUCCUCCUACAGUCUACACUGGCUUUCUCAGGAUCCAUUAUUGAGGUCUAGGGAGGUAGCAUCACUUAACAAGGGCCAUUGUCACAUAGUUAGCACAAGCCCUCCCGAGGUAUACAAGGCUUACCUUAAGCAGUUUCAACAAGAUUUUAAAUUGUUUCUAAAAUCACGUUCGGAGGAACUUGUGCCUGGAGGAGCAAUGGUCUUAUUGUUUUUCGGUAGAGAUGAAACUCCUAGAAGAACCUCUUUUGAAGUAACUAGCCUAAUACUCAACGACAUGCUCUUGGAGGGUUUGAUUGAAGAAGAAAAAAUGGACUCCUUUAACAUACCAGCUUAUAAACCAACGGUUGAAGAAAUUAGGCAUGUGAUUGAGGAAGAAGGGUCAUUCUUUGUUCAACGGUUGGAGAUUUUAAUCUCGCCUUGGUACGAAGGCAUAAAUAUUGAAGGUGGUGAUGGUUUUUUUGUUGAUGGAAAUGUAAGAGCCGAAUACAUUACCAAGAACAUAAGAGCAGUAAUGGAGCCUCUCUUGUCUACAAAGUUUGGUGGUGAAGUUAUAAAUGAACUAUUCAUCAGGUUUAAAAAGAAAAUUGAGCAAAUAAUGGAGGUGGAGAAAUUGGAGGGUGCUACUUUGGUGAUAUCCAUGACAAAAAAUCAUUGAAGAUCAUAUCUGUUGCUCAAAAGAUCUUAAAAACUUGUUUUUCUUCGUUUUGUGAACUUGUUUUGAUUUGUUAAAAUAAAGUUAUGGAGCGGUGCAUAAUAUAAUAAAAGAUGAUUUUCCACAGAA